CGGCGCCCACCCCGCCAGGCGCCCCCGCUCCCUCCCAGCAUCACAUCGCGUGUUCACUGUUCACACUACCGUCUCCGUCCCGGCUCACUCAGCUGAAGCUAGAGACAAGAACCACCCACGCAUCACAUCGCCCUGCUCGCUUCGCCCGUCCGGUGCUCCGGCAAUUGCUUGCUGCUGUUUGAUUCGGCAGAGGGGAGGUCGGGAGGAGGAGGCAGAGGGGGAAGGGACGAUGGUGGGGCGGAUGCGGAUGGCGGCGGCGCUGCUGCUGGCGCUGGCGGCGUGCGCGGCGCUGCCGUCGAGGACGGCGGCGAACAAGAUCAGCAUCAACUGGAAGCCCAACACCAACUACUCCGACUGGGUGGCGCAGCACAGCCCCUUCUACAAGGACGACUGGCUCGUGUUCUACUACACGGCGGGGCAGGCGGACGUGGUGCAGGUGGACGAGGCCGGGUACAACAAGUGCGACGCCAGCAACGCCAUCUACAACUACAGCAAGGGCCGCACCUUCGCGUUCCAGCUCAACGAGACCAAGACCUACUACUUCAUCUGCAGCUACGGCUACUGCUUCGGCGGGAUGCGCCUCGCCAUCAAGACCGAGAAGUUGCCGCCGCCGUCCCCGCCGCCGUCCGCCAGCCACAGGUCCGCCGCCGCCGCCGCCGCCUUCGCCAGGUCCCACGCCGCGGUCAUCUUCUACGCCGUCGCCCUGCUCGCCGUUCUCCUCAGGGUGGUCUAGCUAGGGAAAAAAAUCUAGCCAGCCAGCCUUUCGUCCGGGUUCUUUCGUUAAAUUUGGAGCUCUUGUUUUUUUUUAUUUCUUCUUUUUUUAGUGUGCUUGGAUGGGCUCUGAAGAGGAGUCGUAGUUGUGGAGUGUAUUGGGUUGGGUUGAUUAGUGGCGUCGAUUUGCGGAAGUGAUCAUUGAUCUGAGAGAUUGAUUUAUUGUUCCAAGUGUGAAGAACUCGAGCUGAAGUAGCUUUGCAUCUUGUCACGGAGAUAAA